ACAAGGGUUCUCGAAUUAGCAAUGGAAUCCUCACAAAACUAACUCAAUGAUUUGAUUCAUGAGACAACUCAAAGAACUCGAAACUCACGUAGGAGUAAUUUUUAUUCACCUCAACUCUUCUGUUUUUGCAACGCAAACUAGAAGGUUUUUAAAGGCAAAUAAACCUAAUAAAAUCCUAAUAUAGCUAUUCAACAAUUAAGGUAAAAUUCUACACUAAAAAGUACACAAAAAUUCGGGUUUAAACUACCUUUCUUGAAGCACAAGCAAGCUGCCAGCAAACAGUCAAAAGGAAGCUUUCGUACUACCUUCGCGCCUUUUGUUCGAGGCAUUCCAGAGCUCCAAUUCUUCAUCCAGUUCCUUCCCUUUGUUCAAAAACAUACCUAGUUUCAUGUUGAGGAAGCCUUUUGACUUGAAUCCCAUCCAUGCGCCUUGAAUUGAGCUCCAAAGUAGGCUUCAAAAAACAGUUUUCUUCCUUCGCUAUUUUCUGGCAGUUUUUCAGUUUUGAGGUAGCAACUUUGAGGCCUUGGAAAACAACCUUAAUGACAUCAUCUGGAUCCACAAAGCAUACCAUUGGAAAGAGGGACACUUUAUCUGCAAAAGAAACCCUUAAAAUUGAAUUUGCACCAAGCCAAUUGAGAGAACCAUGCCUCCAAAGUAUGUACCCUGAACACUGAUUUUGACUUGGCCAAAUUUUGUCCUUCUUCUUCCCAACUUCGAUAGCUUCUUCGUCAAGUAAUUUAAACGUGUAGAGCUGGCUAAUUGGGACCAUAUCAGGUUCGCCCUCUUCAAAAAGCUUUGGCCAUUAAGCUUGAAGCUUCCUUUUGUCAAAAUCGUCACAAAAUUCCUCACAAAUCGAGUCACGAAAUAGGUACCUCGAACUUGCAAUGUCGAACUUAAAAUCUUCAUUAACUGGCGAAUCGGAUGCUGUUUUCCACGAUUCAAGUUCCAUUAUGUUCGUGGUACUACAACGGACCUUUUCCACGCAAUAAAGCUGCUCAGUAGAACUCUGAACUUGUUGCGCACAAUUUCCUGUUUUCGGCGCCGGCAAGAACUCCGGCGAGAGCUUCAAAUUUUGGAAUUUUCUUUUGAUGCUUGAUCGCUCCAAUUCACCACACGUAAUCGACUUGCCCGCAUCCCAGUAAUCGAUCCCAACCAUUCCCAACCUUCGAAUAAGCCUGACGGGUUCCCAAUUAACGUUCAAAUGUUUCCCACCAUUGGGAAAGUUCAAAUUCCGAGUUUCCGGCGAAGAAAACCCAGAAAUCGGCGACUCAAUUCCAGAAUCCGGCGACCCCAAAAUUAAAUUGGGGGGUUUUUUUAUUCCGGCUUCUCCACGACAAAUUGUCUAGUCCCAAACCUUCCUUGGACCUUCCCAAAUGUGUCUACAGCCUCCAAAGGUUUUGAUUCACUACCAAUCGCUCCAUUCGAAUCUUUCUUUUCUUCUUCAAAAUUUUGGCCAAAAAUUGUCGAAUUGGGCGUUUGGACCUCACGCAUCGUUAGGAUGAAUUGGUGACUCCUACAGGUUCGUACAAUACUUUCCUUCAAUUCUUCACUUUUGGCUUGCUUCAAUUCAUGCCCAGCUGCUCCAACCAUUAAGCUCGAUUUUUGGUCCUCUCUGCUCGUUUUCAGGGGUACUUGGCUCGAUCUUGAUCCGACAAAUUAGGUGUAUUCGACUCCAAUAGGCUUGUGGAUGAGCUUCUCAAUAUAGAAUCGAUCAUGUCGGGAGUAGUGGUUGAGUUCGGAUCUCCUUCCAGUGUUCCACCCCAUUGUCUCUCUCUCUUACUCUGCUCCAUUGUCACCGGCGAACAGAGUUUCGCUGCACUCGUCACCAGGCCGAUUUGCGCGUCGGUGGUUGGCUCCAAGCCAUAUCCUAGCUCUCUCAUUCCUCCUUCAACGUCUACGAACACAUCUCUGGCCUCGGAGAGCUCUUCCCUUACUUCCUCCUUCGACGUCUACGGACACUACUAGCGUCGGCGCUCUGUUUUCCCGGCGAAAAACAGGGGUCUUCAGCUUCAGCCUUCGUUUUUGCUGACUUGAUUCUCCACGUCAACGGCGUCGUCAACAAAGCCUUCCUGUACUCUUCCUGUAGACGUUGCAGCACCUUCAAGUCAUCCAAAGCUUCUUCUGCAGCCAAAGGCUUUAAAAUAAAUGCCUUGCUUUGAUGCUUCAAUCGAAAUUGCUUGCUUCUUCUGCUAACCAGCCGAACUUGUCAAUCAUGAAACCAAGUAUGUCCCAAAAUAAUACUACUGAGUAGAUUGUAGACCACAUCACACAAAAUCUGAUCUUCAUAAUGGCCAAUCGAGAAUUUCACAUUCACCUGAGAUACUACGAUGUCGAAUAUAUUUUCGUAUGGUGAUUCGAAAACAUAGGGCUUCGGAAGCAUCUAUGUUUGCAUCCCUAGCUUGCUCACAACUCUAGAGGAAAUCAAAUUCCUCUCCCUGCCUCCAUCCACGAGAACUAUCACAGCUGCUCAUCGAUUAAGCAACACGUGAAGAUCAUGGAAUUUGCUAACUCUGCUGCCGCCUGUAACACCCCAACAUUUGGGUCUGGGUUCGACCAAACGAUUGUAUCAACAGCAGCAACAACAACAUUUGCUCAUCAAAGGUAAUAAUCAUCAUUCUCCCCACUCACUCUCACCAGCGGUAGGAAAGAGGAAGAAAGGAAGAAAAGAAAAAAAAAAGAUGUGGACUGGGCUUGCGGCCCGGAGAAGAAAAGGAAGGGCGGGCUUGGCCUGCUGGCCUAGAAGGAAGAAGGGGAAAGAAGAAGGGCUUUGGCCCGAAGGAAAGAAAGAAGGAAAGGAAGAAAGGGAGAAGAUUUGGCCCGGCGGCCAGGGGGAAAGAGGAGGAAAGGAAUGGGCUCGGUUUUGGCCCAAGAUGAGAAAGAGAAGGAAUAGAUGGGCUGGAGCCCGAAAGAAAGAAAGAAGCGAAGGAGGAGGGUGGGAUUGAGGCCCGAGUGCAAGGAAGGAAAGAGGAAUCGUCUUCCUCUGGAAAGCUCGACUAGGAGAGUGGAAACAGGGUGAAAUAAAGACAGAGGAACGACAGGUUGCGGGGAGGAAGGUAAGGCAAUCGAUCAGGCCUCUCGGCGAUAACGGGCGUAGGUUUUGGUAACGAAAAUGGCGAUUUCAGAUUUUAAUUGGGACUUAAUGGCUGAUGUAUUUAGGGUCGUUAGCUGAUCGGGAUUGGGUUACAAUGAUGAGAGGGCAGGAGAAAUCGAAAACCGAAGAAGAAGAGGUGAGCAGCGAGCAUCUGUCCCUGGAAAGGCUAGAUGGAGCCGGCACCAAGAGGAAGAGGAGCGAGGUGGAUCCGAACGAGGGUAGUGGCUCGGGGACGCAAGAAGAGGCCCGGAAGCUUGACGACGGUGAGAAGCUUUGCUGUGGACUCCAACAUUGGCGGGGUGAAGGAUAGCACGGAACCGUCGAUGAGGCCAAACGCUUACCUACCCAAACGACGUGGAAUCUUGGAAAUCCGGCAUUUCCCUCCGAACUGUGGUCGGAGAGGGGAAGCCGAAGGUGGGAUUGACGGUGGCGUGGGUUUCUCGCGGAGGGUGGCCGUUGACGAGGCGAUGUUCGAGGAAGAAGAAGAGGAACCUGAGGAGUCGGUCGUGGAUGGGUUUGAGGAGGAGGAGGAAGGAGGCGAUGACGGUGGCCGGAGCUGGGGCGGCAACGAGAAAACCGUGAGGAGCGACGACGAGGUAAGACGCUCCUCCAAUUUUGGAGUUCAAUGGCAUUGAGUUGGAAAUUUGAUGAAUAGUCAAGGACGUGUAUGUCUUUUUGGAAUUGGGGGAGAUUUGGUAAAAAUUAGGAAGUUUAGGCGCCGUAAGUUAAUUGACCAGGCUUGGGGUGAAUUCGGAAUUGGUAAAUAUUUGGGUACCGGAUUGAAAUAAGCCGUUUGGACUGAAGUGUUUAAAUCAGAAAGUGAAAAUUGGUAUGAAGGACUGAAUUGAGCAAUUGUGUAAAUUUGGGGCCCAAUUGUAAAACCUGGGAAUUUCGAGUACCAUUUGGUAAUUUGUCGUUUUGGGGCAAAAAGGUAAUUUUCCAGAAUUUUAUGAGGAAUCUUAGGAGAGGUUAAAUGGAGGAAAUUGGGAUUGAAAUUAACCAAAUUGAAGGUCGUUUGGUUAGUUAUGCUUAGAGAUAAGUGAGUUAAGUUUUGCCUAAUUAUCUAAUAGGAGGAAAUGCAAAAGGAAGCGAAGCACGAGGAGUUGGAGCAUGGAGUUUCGGAGGAUGACGUGGGGCAACCGUCGAUUAAGAAGAGUUGUCUUUUCGAGGUGAGUGUAAAGAGGGUAAAAUCUCCGUCGAGGUCUUUUAGUUUAUGCCUUUUUAAUUCAGUUAUGUUAUUUAAUUUUCAAGUAAGCGCGAUUAUGUGUGUGAGACAUCCCACCGCCUACUUAAGGUGGAGGCACGCGUUGUGCUAUGUAUGUGUGUGUUUAUGAUGUAUGGAUGAUGAUAAUGGAACCCCCGGGCGGUUGGGCCACUACUGGACGCGGUAGAUGGUCGGGUCACUACUGGACGGCGAUACGUAACGCAGUACCAUUGCCUUGAGGAUAGGGACACCGGACGGCGAUACGUAACGUGGUGAUUCCCUAGUAAUAAGUAUAUAAGUUAAGGUAGUAGUAGAGAACUUCUACGGUUUAAGGUUAAAAUUUGAGAACCUCUAUGUGUUAAAGUUGAAAUGAGUUGUUAAGGACGAAAGUGAGAACGACUUUCAUCUAAGGAAAGGAAACACUAAUAACGUGUUUUAGUAAGGAGAUUUCUAAGGGCAGAGACCUUAGGAAGUAACGACGAGACUGACCCCUUCUCACUCACCAGGUUGAGGUUGGGUUAGCUGAAGUGGAUCCCGAGGAGAAGUAAGAUGAGGCGAGCGGUCGUGCCAGUACUCGUGAGAUGUCAAGGAGCUGGGUGAAGAGUUAGAAUUAAAAUUUGGAAGUUAUUUUAUUAUUAUGAUUAUGAGUAUAUGUAUUGGAGAUUCCAGGUUCAAGUUUCUGUGUUAAGUCGUUUUGAGUGUUUGAGUUUGAGAUUUUGCCCAAGUGUUGGGGCUUUUCGCUUAAAGUUCUUAAAUAAUGUCAGUUGUUUAUUUCAAAAUGUGGUUUGGGUUGCUCCGGAGUAACCGGUUUUUGGGUUUGAGUUGUGAUUUGAUUUUCGAAAAAGGUCGGGACGUUACAUUUUGGUAUCAGAGCCGGCACUCCUCUGUUUCUUGGUCUCCAAGGAAUACUGGAGGGACGAUCUGAGUUUUUCUAGGUUUCAUUUUUUAAAGGAAAGGAAAAAAGAUGUCUGGUUUAUUGUUUGGCCAAGCGAGCCAAGGGUCUUUUAAGGAUUUUUGGAAUCUCCAGUAUACUCUAAUCAUGAUUAGGGAAAUAACUCUAGGAGAUCUGACGAGGUGAUGAUAGGUCUCGGGAAGGAGAAACAACAAAUUCCUAAGGACGAGGUUCCAGGCAGCUCAUAUCCUUCUGGGAUGUGAGCUGAUCAGAACAAGGUUCAAAGUAUCCAGUUCGUCGACAUACAGUAGCCAAGGGGUUACGGCAAAUGACGACCAUCAUCUAGAGGAAAGGAUGCAAGGAAGGUCUGUGAGUUCACGAGGAUUGAACGUAGGGUUACGACCCAAGGAAUAGUGGAAAGUUAGACUUUCAGUAAUGCUAGGGGGCACACAAGAAAAGCAAAGGAGGAUC